AUGACUCCACUCCCACCUCGACCACCAACUCUGCUCCCACCUGAUACCUCGACCUCCAACUCUGCUCCCACCGUGAGCCCCAGCUCCACUCCAAUUGAGAUUUCCAGCUCCUCUGACACCUCAACCUCCAACUCUGCUCCCACCGUGAGCCCCAGCUCCCCUGAUACCGCAACCUCCAACUCUGCUCCCACCGUGAGUCCCAGCUCCACUCACACCUCGACCUCCAACUCUGCUCCCACUGUGAGCCCCAGCUCCACUGCCACCUCGGCCCCCAGCUUCACUGGCACCUCACCCCCCGUUUCUGCUGCCACCUCGACCCCCAGCUUCACAGGCAACUCACCCCCCAAUUCUGCUGCCACCUCGACCCCCAGCUCCACAGGCACCUCGACCCCCAAUUCUGCUGCCACCUCGACCCCCAGCUCCACAGGCACCUCGACUCCCAAUUCUGCUGCCACCUCGACCCCCAGCUCCACGGGCACCUCGACCCCCAAUUCUGCUGCCACCUCGACCCCCAGCUUCACAGGCACCUCACCCCCCAAUUCUGCUGCCACCUCGACCCCCAGCUCCACAGGCACCUCGACCCCCAAUUCUGCUGCCACCUCGACCCCCAGCUCCACAGGCACCUCGACUCCCAAUUCUGCUGCCACCUCGACCCCCAGGUCCACGGGCACCUCGACCCCCAAUUCUGCUGCCACCUCGGCCCCCAGCUUCACAGGCACCUCACCCCCCAUUUCUGCUGCCACCUCGACCCCCAGCUCCACAGGCACCUCGACCCCCAAUUCUGCUGCCACCUCAACCCCCAGCUCCACAGGCACCUCGACUCCCAAUUCUGCAGCCACCUCGACCCCCAGCUCCACAGGCACCUCGACCCCCAAUUCUGCUGCCACCUCGGCCCCCAGCUCCACGGGCACCUCGACCCCCAAUUCUGCUGCCAUCUCGGCCCCCAGCUCCACGGGCACCUCGACCCCCAAUUCUGCUACCUCCUCGACCCCCAGCUCCACAGUCACUGGGACCCGCAGCUCCGCAGGCACCUCGACCCCCAAUUUUGCUGCCACCUCGACCCCGAGCUCCACGGGCACCUCACCCCCCAAUUCUGCUGCCACCUCGACCCCCAGCUCCACAGGCACCUCGACCCCCAAUUCUGCUGCC